UCGGUGCUGGUCAAGAACCUCUACCUCUCCUGCGACCCCUACAUGCGCCCCAAGAUGUCCCGCCCGCUGCACCAGUCCUACACCGCCGCCUUCGUCCCGGGCGCCGCCAUCACCGGUUACGGCGUGUCCCAGGUCGUCCGCUCCUCGCGCCCCGGGCUCGCCGCCGGCGACCUCGUCUGGGGCAUGACCGGCUGGGAGGACUACAGCGUCAUCAAGCCGCCCUUCACGGCCAUACUCACCAAGAUCCAGCCCGACGACGGCGUGCCGCUGUCCUACUACACCGGCAUCCUCGGCAUGCCGGGGCUCACGGCCUACGUGGGAUUCCACCACAUCUGCUCCCCCAAGGCCGGCGAGACGGUGUUCGUCUCCGCGGCCUCCGGCGCCGUCGGCCAGCUCGUCGGCCAGUUCGCCAGGCUCCUCGGCUGCCACGUCGUCGGCAGUGCGGGCUCCAAGGAGAAGGUGGACCUACUCAUCAACAAGUUCGGCUUCCACGACGCCUUCAACUACAAGGAGGAGGACGCCGACCUCGCCGGCGCGCUCAAGAAGCGCUUCCCCGACGGCAUCGACGUCUACUUCGAGAACGUUGGCGGCAAGAUGCUCGAGGCCGUGCUGCUCAACAUGAAGGUGCACGGACGCAUCGCCGUCUGCGGCCUCAUCUCCCAGUACAACCUCACCGCCGGCGAGAAGGACGCCGACGUCGGCGUGCGCAACCUCACCUCCCUCGUCUCCAAGCGCAUCAAGAUGCAGGGCUUCAUCGAGCCCGACCACAAGCACCUCUACCCGGAGUACAUGGCGUGGGUGCUCCCGCACAUCAAGGAGGGCAGGGUCGUCUACGUCGAGGACGUCGCCGACGGGCUCGACGCCGCGCCCGCAGCGCUCAUCGGCCUCUACCACGGCCGCAACGUCGGCAAGCAGGUCGUCAGGCUCACCAACCCCGACCCCAAGUGACUCACACACUGUACUGUAGUAGCAGAUCAAUUAUCAACCACGCGUCAAUCUAUUCGCAUCGCAAUCGCAUCUUGGUGGUUGGAUGGCAACGAAAGAGUCAAAUUAAAUAAAAGAUCCUUGCUUUCUCUC